UGGCUGUGGCGGCCCGGCCCGGUAUCCGGGUAAAAUGGCCGCAGUCGGAGAGUGCUCGCUCCCUGCUCCCUGGCGGCCGGUCUCCCUCACCCAUGUCGAGUAUUUUGCAGGUGAUUUCUCUGGUCAGCUCUUAGCCUACUUGAGUCUCUGUCCAAUUUUCAUCAUAGUUGGCUUUGUUACACUCAUCAUAUUCAAGAGAGAGCUUCAUACGAUAUCUUUCUUAGGGGGGCUGGCAUUCAACGAAGGAGUGAACUGGCUAAUAAAGAAUAUUAUCCGUGAGCCACGGCCCUGUGAAGAAGCCCAUUCAACGGUGACUACAAAAUACGGGAUGCCAUCCAGUCACUCUCAGUUCAUGUGGUUUUUCUCUGUUUACUCGUUCCUGUUUCUUUAUUUAAGAAUGCACCAAACAAACAAUGCCAGGUUUCUGGAUUUACUGUGGCGACACAUCCUAUCCAUCUGCCUUGUCACAGUGGCCUUUCUAGUCUCAUAUAGUAGGGUCUAUCUGCUCUACCACACCUGGAGCCAGGUCUUAUACGGAGGUGUUGCAGGAAGCAUCAUGGCCAUAGCCUGGUUUGCAUUCACACAGGAGAUCUUAACUCCUUUGUUCCCAAGGAUAGCUGCGUGGCCAGCUUCAGAGUUCUUUUUAAUCAGAGAUACCAGCCUCAUUCCCAACAUCCUGUGGUUUGAAUACACAGUCACCAGAGCAGAGGCAAGGGUCCCUCUGGAUGCAGUAAAGUGUAUAACUUGAGCAGAAUCAUCUGAGUGAAACAGACAGCGCAAGCUAGGUACGAAGCUCCAGUGACUCAAGACAUGGGAACAGAAUGCAGGAAUUAAUGGAGAAGGACAAGAGUAGAGACCUGUACAGACCUGGGAGCAGCAAGGAGUCUUCACAGAUGGACCAAAGGAACAGGCAGGGACCAUACUCAAAGCCUGGAGGCCUUUGCUCUGGCUUUUGCAGCUAGCUGGAUGCUCCAUGAUGCAUGUGGGACCGUGAAGGAGCAGAACCUCAUUUAUAACACAAAUGCACAUUGCCAGUUGGAAUGUACCAUCGUGUCUGAGUCGCGGGAAGGGGGAGAAAAUACCUGAUGGCUUGUUUGGGGGAGGGAGAACCAAAAAAAAAAAAUCAUAUUUCUGUGACAUUUUUUUGCAGCAUGAAAUAUACACACUAUUUAUUUAUUUUU